AUGGAGGCUCUCCUGGAUUUCUCUCAGCCAUUCAACUAUUCACUUUUCGUACAAGUUGUAGAAGCCUACCAGCAAACAGUAGACUACUCCUUGAAGCAGAGGGCCGCUGAUGUGCUGCGACAGUUUCAGGAUUCUCCCCAAUCAAGCCAAUUGUGUAUGAACAUUUUGUCUCAGGACCGCUCCACCCAGACCCCAAUGGUUCGCUUUUUUGGUUUUUCUCUAUUAGAAACGUUUAUUAGGCGGAGCUGGUACGUUAUCCCCACGGAGCAGCAACAAGAAUUGUGUUCCUAUAUAAUGAGCUUCGCAGCCCAAACAUUAAGUGUUGAUGACGUUGUCAGACGUAAGUAUCUGACCAUUUUCACCUUGAUUGCCCUCUACACGUACCCAUCGUCUUACAGUACCUUCCUCAGUGAUGUCCUGUCCAUGCGCAGCACUCCACUGGACAGGAUAAAUUCUGUCACAAUUCUGACGUCCUUUUUCGAAGACUUUCGAGUACGUGAUGAGCUGCUGAGUGGCCAGAAGCAGGCUAUCCAGAGACAGCUAUCUUCUGAGAUCUCGAACAUCCUAUUGUAUCUCAUGGAUUUGUUACGUGAUGCAUGUGCACAGAGAGAUAUCUUUCUGCUUUCCUUGCUUCUCAAGCUGUUGGUGGCAGUUGUUUCUUUUUGUGACAAUACAAUCAAGAUAGAUCAACUGCUACCUUUUAUUGAUUCUCUCCUUGAAUAUUGUCAUCAGAUACUGUCCUUUGGGAACCAGGAGAUCUACCACCUUUCUCUGCAGGCCCUCGGCCAUAUUUAUGCAACCCUAAAGUCUCAGCCAGACGCGCUUAUGCUGAAGCUUUCAACGUUCUUUUAUAGCACUUGGGACGUGGUAUCGCAGAGCUAUAAGGCAAAAGUAGAGGCAUGUGCUACAGGCAGCUCUCAUGCGCCGCCUGGAGUCGAUCCAGGGCUGUCCCCUCUAUCUUAUAACAUAAUUACGUUACCGCCGGCAAACACCGCUCAUGCAUGCUCGGGGCAGCAGCCAGUGCUUACAGGAGAGGCCCUUUUUUCUCUCUCGUUCUUUCUUCGCAGCGUCUUCACUAGCUGUCUGGACCAAGUGGAGAAGAUCGCCAGCAGUUCUAUACCACCAGACAGUAUUGAUGUCACGAUAUGCCUCCGUCAGGUUGCGUCCAAGCGCAUUGGAAGCGAAAAGCUUCUGGAGCUUGCCCUACUCAAGUACCGAUCAGCCCUUCAGCUUCUCGUAGCAAUCCUUGUCUUCCAGAAGGUAAGCUUUGAUGUCGUUGACAUUCAGUUAAUAGAGUUUUUUUCCUUUUUGGCUAAAAGGGCACAAUCCUGCAAUACUUCCAAUCCCGCAUUCAAAAGAAUGGAGCUCUACACAGAUAUCUUCACUGCCGUUCAGCGUUUUACCAUUGGUAACAUACCCCCUCCAAUAGAAGUACUCGUCUAUGUCGAUGAAUAUGGCAAUUUGAUGAAGAGAGAGCUUGAAGACAGUGAAAAGCUGAACACGUUUGCUGUCAUGAGCAAGACCAUUGAGGCAACCACACGUGCAAUCAAAACAUCUGUUGCCAUCAAGGAUCUACUAUCCGAUCUGUCGAAGCAAUUCUCGGUUCCUGCUGUGAACUCCAUUGCAUGGUCCCUCCCUGCUGUUGCUCGCAGCAUCAAGUCCUCAGACUCCCUUAUCAUCACGACAAUCAAUCACCUUGUUGAUCUAUCAUCCAUUCUUGUGUCAAUUGAACACAAAAUAUGCAUAGCGAGUGGCAUUGUAUAUAUUUGCAGCCAAAUGCCCCUCUUUGUUGACACAAAGGAAAGCAUAUUCCUUGUCAUAUUGAACAAGAUGCUCUUCUUCACUAGUUUUCCUAACGAGCACCUCCAAGAGAUGUCGGUCCGGUGCUUUGCCCUUCUGAUGAAUAAUAUCAAGGGCAGUGCCUUUUUUGAGUCUGCCGGCUUUCGAAGUUUCCUCCGGAACAUUCCACAGAUAGCAAUGCAGAUCCCGUCGUCACUUAUCAUCAUCCUCUAUGAAAGCAUCUCACGACGCAUAAGUGACAGCUCCAGCACCUUCAUGGACUACGUGGGGCCUCUGUUUGAAAUGCUCGAUGGAGUGCUCUCGCAGUACCCUCCAGUGAGCAUAGAAACGUUGAGCACCAUAAGCACACUAUACUCCAUCUUCAGCGGUAUAUGUGAGGGCGUCGCAGGCAAAACUAACGGAGAGAUAUUUGCUUCCUCAUACUCCCACUUCAUGGGGAGGACUCUCAAGCUAUACACCUUUAUUCAUGAGCACAUUAUAUCAUCAUCUAAUGACCCCAAUCUGCAUAAUAUUUUCUGCACUGUGAGAAGGGCAAUCUCGAACUUCCUGGAAAUGCUAAUGCGAGCAAGCGCCUACAACCACAUACGUGUUUGGUUUUUGAACACAUCUGUGGGUACCAAUAUUGCUCUCCCAGACAGCAACUCGGUGCGUCCCGAUAUGCUUGCGCUUCUUGGAGCCUACAAGCAAUUUUUAGACCCGAUCAAUGCAACACAACAAAGCAAGAUUGAUGUGCAAUUUGCUCGGUUUGCUCACGCUCUAUUUGAACGAAUUUCCCUACUGUCGAGCGAUGCUGACAAGGACGAUCUAAUAGGUAUAUACUUCAAUGAGGUGCUGGCACCAAUCCUAAAGUUCUUGGCAACAACUGGCUUUGCCGCACACGCAGAUUUAGCAGACGUCUUUAUCGAGAGUAUUUGCCAAACGCUCACCACUUGUAAUGCGUAUCUUAGACGACAAGGAAGCGAGUUUCUGCAUGUGUUUCUGGAAUUCAUCCCGCCAAUCAUCCGGGCUGUAAGCGAGAGCAAUCUUUUCUACAAACACUAUGCGCUAUGCUUUAAAGCUCUCACAACUCUUGCUGAUAUGCUUAUGAUGCGAGAGCCGUUGGCGGUCAGCGUCUUGUCUGUUUUGUUUGUCGACACAAUUAGAUUGCUGAAUAAAAGCAUCAUUCCGAGUGAGUAUGCACUGCUCAGUGCAUGGUGGGAGCUUCUUCAAAGAACGAAUGAGCCUGACAUGGAGGCCAAGGUGUUCUACUGCAUAUCCCCAUCUAUAACGGUUAACAUGAUAAGCUACUUUAGGAACGGCCUUAUAGAGCGCAACGAGGCAAUUACCAGAGAUCUCUUUGUGGUUUUGCGCACGCUUCUAUGGUUUUGA